AAUCCUCCACGGUCGCGCGCACAGUGUUUGGCAACAGUUCCCGCGCACAGAGUGAAGCGCAAACUGCAGCUGAGCGCCAAACAAACCGGAGAAAUCCUCAAAUGGGCUAAAAAUGCGCUCAAAUCUCUGAUGGGAAGCACAGACAACGUUUGGAUGCAGAGUUUCAUGCAUGCGAAUGCUGGGGAGAUAUAGAAAAACUUUAAAUUCGGAGUGCGCAAAACGCGUAAAAUGAGCGUUGUGUGGGAUUUAGGAGUAAAGCGUUUUUUUGGGGAUCCAAAUUUCAACGAAAACUUGUUUAUCUACAGCAUUUGAGAUAGUUUGAGAAAUUACCCAAGAGUGUUUCACGGAUUUUUUUUCUUCCUCUUUGUUUCUGGGAUUGGGGUUUAUACCCAUCAUGGAUCAGUUUGGGAUUUUGGAUUUACAUCAGCGCAAUAAAUGGAAAAUGCGUGGACGCAGUGCUGCGAUUAACGGAGUUUACAUCUUUGAGUAACUUCUAGUACAGGCCGAUCAGGAUGAAAAGAUGGCGACCAUGCUCUUACCAGCGGGUCCUGAUGGCUUGCGACCGUUCACUCGAGAGUCUCUGGCGGCCAUCGAGCAGAGGAUCAGCGAAGAGCGGGCCAGGAACACUAAGGAUUACAAGGCGGACCCCGGGGAUGUGGAGGAGCCCAAACCCCGCGCUGACCUGGAGGUCGGGAAGGUGCUGCCUCGCAUCUUUGGAGAAAUCCCUGCCGGACUGGUUGGAGUCCCGCUGGAGGACAUCGACCCAUUCUACUUCAGAAAUCAGAAGACCUUUAUAGUACUAAACAAGGGAAAAGCCAUCUUCCGCUUCAGUGCCACAUCUGCACUCUACAUAUUCAGUCCCUUUCACUGCAUUAGAAGAAUCUCCAUCCGAAUCCUCGUCCAUUCUUUGUUUAGCUUGUUCAUCAUGUGCACUAUUUUGACAAACUGCUGCUUCAUGGCGAUGUCAGAUCCUCCUCUCUGGACCAAAUACCUCGAGUAUACAUUCACUGGCAUUUACACAUUCGAGUCUCUGAUUAAGAUCUUGGCCAGAGGGUUUUGUACUGAGUGUUUCACCUUCCUCCGAGACCCAUGGAACUGGCUGGAUUUCAGUGUCAUCGUCAUGGCGUAUGUGACAGAGUUUGUGGACCUGGGAAAUGUAUCAGCAUUGCGAACGUUCAGAGUUCUGCGGGCUCUAAAAACAAUAUCGGUGAUCCCAGGUUUGAAGACCAUUGUCGGUGCUCUGAUCCAGUCGGUGAAGAAGCUGGCGGACGUGAUGAUCCUCACGGUUUUCUGUCUCAGUGUCUUCGCUCUGAUCGGUCUGCAGCUCUUCAUGGGGAUCCUGAGACAGAAGUGCGUCCGCAGCAUCGGCCACUGCGUCAACUCCACAUACCCCGGAAACGGGAGCUUCGUCUGCAACAACAAGACCUGGCUUUCUGUCAAAGACUUCCUCACUAAUGAAGAUAAUUUCUACAAAAUUGAAGGAUCCAAGGAUGCCUUAAUAUGCGGAUACAGCAGCGAUGCUGGGAAGUGCCCUGAUGGAUUUGACUGUUUGAAAACAAGUCGAAACCCAAACUACGGCUACACAAGCUUUGACACCUUUGGCUGGGCUUUUCUGGGUCUGUUCAGACUGAUGACACAAGACUACUGGGAAAGCCUUUACCAUCAGACUCUGCGGUCGGCGGGGAAGACCUACAUGAUCUUCUUUGUGUUGGUGAUUUUUCUGGGUUCAUUUUACCUGGUAAACUUGAUCCUGGCUGUGGUGGCUAUGGCGUACGAGGAGCAGAACCAGGCCACCAUCGCUGAAGCCUGGGCCAAAGAGAGAGAGUUUCAGCUGGCCAUGGAGCAUCUGCGCAAGGAGCAGAGGGCUUUAGCAAAACAGCGCAGAAAAGAGGCCGAGAUGGCUCUGGCAGCAGAUUUUUGUCCAUCUCCUUUCUCCCGAAAAGACUCGAUAAAAUGCAGAACCAGAACGAGAUCCCACAGAACGCUCUCAGAGGAGAUUGAGGACAGCUUUUUGCCAAAGUUUGAACCGCUUGAUGAAAAACCAGCUCACCCUCUCUUGGCCACACUCUCCUCUCAUCCUCUGAGCACUCGUCGGGGAAGCCAAAUGAGCAUCUUCACCUUCAGGCCGCGCAAUAGUUCCGAGGCCGACUUUGCAGAUGACGAGCACAGUGUUGCUGAUUAUGGGCGGAGCCGAGCGGGAUCCAUGGCAACGCCGUGGCAUAAACACCGCACGGGCAGCAUCAGGAGUCACUCGUCUCAGGUGUUCACGCCAACACUCGCCAACGGCAGACUCAACAUUUCUCUGGAGCAGAACGGCAUCACUGGCAUCGGCCUGCACACACCCACCACUGGCCCCAAGUUCAGCAUGGAGAAGGUCAAAGAGGGAACGGAGCCAGAGUGUCAGAAUGAACAAGUCAAGCUGACUGUGGAUGUCCAGGAGGAAGUCCUGCCUCCUCGCAGGAAGAGAGGACUGAGCUCUGUCAGCUUCUUCAGUGACGCCAUGGAUGAACUGGAAGAGGCCCGUCAGAAGUGUCCUCCAUGCUGGUAUGAGUUUGCACAGAAGUAUCUGAUUUGGACGUGUUCUCCUGCCUGGCUGAGAGUGAAGGAAGGGCUUAAAGUCAUGGUGAUGGACCCGUUCCUGGACCUCGCCAUUACCAUCUGCAUAGUUCUCAACACGUUAUUCAUGGCCCUCGAGCACUAUCCUAUGACUGACGAAUUCAACAGCAUGCUGAGUAUUGGAAACCUGGUGUUCACUGGAAUCUUCACGGCGGAGAUGGUGCUGAAGAUCUUUGCUCUGGAUCCAUAUUAUUACUUUCAGCAAGGCUGGAACAUCUUUGAUGGAAUUAUUGUUUGUUUGAGUCUGAUGGAGUUGGGUCUUUCCAAUGUGGAGGGUCUGUCUGUUCUUCGCUCGUUCAGACUGCUCAGAGUUUUUAAACUAGCGAAGUCGUGGCCGACCCUCAACACGCUGAUAAAGAUCAUCGGUAACUCUGUGGGCGCUUUGGGGAACCUGACGCUGGUCCUGGCCAUCAUCGUCUUCAUCUUCGCCGUGGUCGGCAUGCAGCUAUUUGGGAAAAACUAUCAGGAUUGUGUUUGCAAGAUCAGCUACGACUGCACUCUUCCUCGCUGGCACAUGAAGGACUUCUUCCACUCGUUCCUCAUCGUCUUCAGGGUUCUGUGCGGGGAGUGGAUCGAGACCAUGUGGGAUUGUAUGGAGGUGGCCGGACAGCCGCUUUGCAUCCUGGUCUUCAUGCUGGUCAUGGUCAUAGGAAACCUGGUGGUCUUGAAUCUGUUUCUGGCCCUGUUGCUGAGCUCUUUCAGCUCUGAUAAUCUAUCAGCGCCGGAUGAAGACGGAGAAAUGAACAACCUUCAGAUAGCCAUCGCUCGAAUCCACUGUGGUUUCUCUUGGCUUCUGAAUGGCAUCAAGGACCUCUUCAGCGGGAACCUGACGCGGCACAGACGCAAAUCCAAAGAGGCACAAGUGACCCUGAAUCACACGGAGUGCAACGGCGGACUGGGAAGUUUGGAGAAGUAUGUUUUUCCAGAAACCGAGGACAGUUACAUGACCAAUCCCAAUCUUACCAUCUGUGUGCCCAUCGCACCCGGAGAGUCAGACGUGGAAUUUCUUGAGGAGGAGGAAGAGGAGGAGGACACAGAGUCAUCAGAGGAUGAAGAGGAGAAACAGGAAGUCAUCAGCCUCUCUGAAGGAAGUACCGUGGAUCUGAGGAAGCCUGGAGAAGAUGAAGAGGAAUAUUCUGAGAUGGCAGAUGAUGGCAUGGAUCCAGAAGAGUGUUUUCCAGAGUUCUGCAUGCAGCGCUGUAAGUGUUGUAAUAUAAACACAACGCAAGGUCUGGGACAGAUGUGGUGGAGGCUGAGGAAGACGUGCUAUCAAAUUGUGGAGCAUAGCUGGUUUGAGACCUUCAUCAUCUUUAUGAUCCUCCUCAGCAGCGGAGCUCUGGCUUUUGAAGACAUUUACAUCGAACAGCGGAAGGUGGUGAAGGUGGUGUUGGAGUAUGCUGACAAGGUUUUCAGCUACAUCUUUGUACUGGAGAUGUUUCUGAAGUGGAUUGCGUACGGAUUUAAGAAAUACUUCACUAAUUACUGGUGCUGGCUGGACUUCCUGAUCGUGGAUGUGUCUUUGAUUAGUUUGGUUGCGAACUCCCUUGGCUACUCUGAUUUCGGGGCCAUCAAGUCUUUGAGGACUCUCAGAGCUCUGCGACCCCUGAGGGCCCUAUCUAGAUUUGAAGGAAUGAGGGUUGUAGUGAAUGCACUGAUCGGGGCCAUCCCGUCCAUCAUGAAUGUACUGCUGGUGUGUCUGAUCUUUUGGCUCAUAUUUAGUAUCAUGGGCGUCAAUCUCUUUGCUGGGAAAUUUGGCAAAUGUGUCAAUAGGACAGGAUUCAUCCACAAUGCAAGCAUUGUCAACAACAAGACAGAGUGCCUGUCCAUGAAUGAUACACAGUUCUACUGGACCAAGGUGAAAGUCAACUUCGACAACGUGGGACUCGGAUACCUCUCACUUCUGCAGGUGGCUACAUUCAAAGGCUGGAUGGAAAUCAUGUAUGCCGCCGUUGAUUCCCGUGGAGUUGAGGACCAGCCCAUCAAAGAGAUAAACCUCUACAUGUACCUCUACUUUGUCAUCUUCAUCAUCUUUGGAUCAUUCUUUACCCUGAAUUUGUUCAUCGGUGUCAUUAUCGACAAUUUCAAUCAACAAAAAAGAAUGAUAGGUGGCCAAGACAUAUUCAUGACCGAAGAGCAGAAAAAGUACUACAACGCAAUGAAGAAACUUGGAUCUAAAAAGCCACAGAAGCCAAUUCCAAGACCAAUGAAUAUUCUACAAGGAUUCUUCUUCGACUUGGUGUCCAAGCAAGCCUUUGAUAUAACCAUUAUGAUGCUCAUUAUCCUCAAUAUGAUAACCAUGAUGGUUGAGACUGAUGAACAAUCUGCUCGCAUGGAGACCAUCCUCAAUAACAUCAACUUGGCCUUCAUUGUCAUCUUCACUACUGAAUGCCUCAUCAAGAUUUUUGCCCUCCGCUGUUAUUUCUUCACCAUUAGUUGGAACAUAUUUGAUUUUGUAGUCGUCAUUCUGUCCAUCGUUGGUAAGUGCACGACUUUCCAGUCUGGAAUUGUCCUGGCGGAUAUAAUUGAAAAGUACUUUGUCUCCCCAACUCUUUUUCGAGUCAUCCGGUUGGCAAGAAUAGGACGAGUUCUUCGACUGAUACGAGCAGCUAAGGGAAUAAGGACUUUACUUUUUGCCUUAAUGAUGUCAUUACCAGCAUUGUUCAACAUCGGUCUCCUACUGUUUCUGGUCAUGUUCAUCUAUGCCAUUUUUGGCAUGGCAAACUUCGCUUAUGUGAAGAAGCAGGGUGGGAUUGAUGACAUGUUCAACUUUGAGACCUUCGGGAACAGCAUGAUCUGCCUUUUCCAGAUCACCACAUCGGCCGGUUGGAAUAACCUGCUGGAUCCUAUCCUGAACAACUCUCCGGAAGAGUGUAGCUCCAGUUUUGCGAACACCGGAACAAAUACUAAGGGCAACUGUGGUCACCCCUCAGUAGGGAUCACUUUCUUUGUCAGCUACAUCAUCAUUUCCUUCUUGAUCGUCGUCAACAUGUACAUCGCCAUUAUUUUGGAGAACUUCAGCGUGGCCACUGAGGAGAGCACUGAACCUCUGAGCGAGGACGACUUUGAGAUGUUCUACGAAGUUUGGGAGAAGUUCGAUGUCGAGGCUACGCACUUCAUCGAAUACGCCAAACUCUCCAAUUUCGCUGACAGCCUUUCCGAACCCCUAAGGAUUGCCAAACCCAACAAGAUCAAACUCAUCCACAUGGAUCUACCCAUGGUCAACGGUGACAGGAUCCAUUGCCUGGACAUCCUGUUCGCUUUCACCAAACGCGUCCUUGGGGAGACUGGAGAAAUGGAUGCUUUGAAGCAACAAAUGGAGGAGAAGUUCAUGGUGACGAACCCUUCUAAGAUAUCUCACGAACCCAUCACCACUACACUGCGGCGCAAGCAGGAGGAGAUUUCAGCAACUCUGAUCCAGCGUGCCUAUAGAGCACACCUAAUUAGACGGCAAAUGAAGCAAGCUUCUUACUUGUACAGGCACAUUAACCAAGAGACGCCCUGGUCGGAAGAGGACAGCGCUCCAGAGCAGGAAGGUCUUAUAGCGUCUAUGAUUAAAGAGAACUAUGGCCCUGAGAAAAUGGUGGGUACACUGUGCUAUGCAUCCUCUCCACCAUCCUAUGAGGCAGUAACAAGGAGUCCUAGGGACCAUUUCAAGUUGUUAAUAUCUGACUCUAGAUCCAAUGAGCCUCAUAAAUCAGAAGAGACAUACGAAGAGACCUUUCUUUAGGAACUCUUUUCAUAGUAGGCAGUCAUUAUUUGCUUUUUUUAACCACAUUUGGAUGUGUGUAAACAAACCUAAUCAGGAUAAGUCCACAUGCAAACAAGAUUGCACUUUUUUAAUCUGUAAAAAUAUUGAAAGCCUGUUGUUUCUGUCAUAAAAUAUGGCACGGUAUCAUGAUAAACAGAUGACAUGCAUGGAUAUAUCAUAGCGAGGAUGUACAUGUAGAGAAUGUACUACAGCACAGAUGUGUUGAACAUAUCAAAACUGUAAUAUAUUGCACAGAUAUUAUGUUGAUUGUUUCCUAUAAAGGUUUUUCCCAGGAUUACAAACAUCUAAACAGAGUUUUCUAUUGCUCAGGAUUAAGUGGGUAAUGUUAUCACUUUUCUUUUUUAUAACACUUGAUGAGAGUGACUGAUUUUGAGUGACGGGUGCAAGAAAAAGGCCCAUAAAAUGAAGAUUGAAUGACAGCAGUGAAACUUUUUGAGUUUUUGUUUUCUUUGUUGAACACAGGCAGGAAACUGUGUUUUAAGAAGAGUAUUAAAGAUCAAAAUAGACUAUUCAAAUAAACACAUGUACAUGCUCCUCAUAUUAUUGUGCACAAUUGCUGCAUGUUAUCCCAAAGAAGGAAUCUAUGUAAUCUUUCAUCAUUUGCUCCAUUUUGAUAUGCAACGCCCACAAGUUUCAAUCAAUUCACGAUUGGAUAAAAAUAAAAAAUAAAAAAAACUUC